AUGCCACCAUGCCCACCUAUCCUGGUAUUUGGAAUAGAGAUGAUGGGAGACAUUGUACAUUAGAUGGCCCAUGUGCCUGUUGUAUGAACUUCUCCUGGAGAGACAUAAACAUCUGUGUGCCUCAGAUAGAAUACCAAUGACAGACCAAAGGAACCAUUGGGUCCAAUGAGCUCAUUGAUUACAGGAGCAUGGAUGACCCCAAAGCAGCUCCAUCACCCUAACUGAAAGUCUCAAUCCAGCAUGGAUAACAACUUCCCCUUCAGUUAACCUUCCGUGUGUGUGUGUGUGUGUUUGUGUGUGUGUGUGUGUGUGUACUCUAGCACCUCCAGAGACCACCACAAAUGGAAGAAUUGCAGCAGGCAGGGAGGUGGGAGUGAGGAAGAGAUUAGUUGGGAUCUACUAGACCCUCCUCACACCCUCUCCUUUGACAAAACAUAACCCUAAUCUGAACGAUUUCUUUUGAGUAAUAACAACCCCAUUGAAGAUGAUAAUGCUAACUCGGAGGACAGUCUUCCAAUCACUACCUGUAGACCCAGGUACUAUGCUGGGCAGGUAGAGCCCAGUCUUCUGUCCAGAUCUUCUGGUCCCCUCCCCAAAGCGAAAAGGAUACAUCUUGCUGCAGAAGCACAAGAGAGUCUGUGGCCCUACCCCCACCUCCACCCCGAAGUGCUACCCUGCUUUUCCCCUCUACUCCAGGCCAUCCAUAAUUCACUUGCACCUCUGGACCUGAAGCUAUCCGCCAGCUCCCUUCCAGGCUAGUGGGAAAGCAGGGUUGAGUCUCGGUCACCUCACACUGCAUGCUGGAAGCACAGUACACUCCAGGUCCAGAAGGCGGGCCCUGGGAAAAGCGGGACUGAAUAGGCAGGCAUGAGGGAGCCAGAACCCAAAAGGGUACCAAGGCUCGUAUCCUUUUUCCACCCAGAAAUAACCCCAGGCUUUCAAUUUGAUGUCACCUAGGUUUCGAGCAAAAGUGCUACUUCCUGCCAGAGGCCAACCCCCCCUCUCGGCUCCCAGAGGCCCCACCCCCUCACUUGCUGCCCCUCGUGCAGGACCACUCCCUAAGGACGCCCCGCCCCAGAAGCCCCGCCCACCGAGGACGCCCCACCCUUGUUCCCGGACAGGCGUGACUCGGUCUGCUUACACUCCCUCUGCCCUUUCUCCCUCCUGCACGCGGCUAUGGCGGAACCUGAGUUGCAGCUGGUAGCGCGACGCAUCCGCAGUUUCCCCGACUUCCCCAUCCCCGGCGUGCUGUUCAGGGAUAUCUCGCCCCUCCUGAAAGACCCCGACUCCUUCCGAGCUUCCAUCCGCCUCCUGGCCAGUCACCUUAAGUCUACACAUGGCAGCAAGAUCGACUACAUCGCAGGCCUGGAUUCCAGGGGCUUCCUGUUUGGCCCCUCCCUCGCUCAGGAGUUGGGCCUGGGCUGUGUGCUCAUCCGAAAGCGUGGGAAACUGCCGGGCCCCACAGUGUCAGCCUCCUAUGCCCUGGAGUAUGGCAAGGCUGAGCUGGAAAUCCAGAAAGACGCCUUAGAACCUGGGCAGAGAGUGGUUGUUGUAGAUGAUCUCCUGGCUACUGGAGGAACCAUGCGUGCUGCCUGUGAACUGCUGGGCCAGCUACGGGCUGAGGUGGUGGAGUGUGUGAGCCUGGUGGAGCUGACCUCACUGAAGGGCAGAGAGAAGCUAGGACCAGUGCCAUUCUUCUCUCUCCUGCAAUAUGAGUGACAGAUGGUGGAAUAGUUGCUGUACCCCAGCACCUGCGGCCGGACAGUGGCUCAGCCUCGCCACCUAAGUGACCUUUGUAAGCCACCAGCUGCCCUUCCUGUGACUGUUGAUUUUGCUGGUCAGCUGGUCACCAUGGCUAUGGACCACUUGGGUCCUUGCAUUUUUCUAUAUGUGCUGAGUCCUAGAGCAGAGCUACUGCAGGCUACAACACAGCAAGAUUAAUAAACAUUUGGUACAUAA